AAAGCUAUCAUGUAUCUUUGCCCAGCCAUACACAUGCAGAUGCACCAAAACCUGCCCUCUCCCCUGAUGCCCAAACAGCAAGUCCCCCCGACACGGGCAGCUCUCCCUCUCCACAACUCUUACCCACCUCUCCGAUGCUCACUCCAAGAGACUCCCCCACUGGACAAAACUCCCCCCAUGUUGCAGACUCCCUUCCUGCAGCCCAAAAGCUACAUAACACUGAGCGAAGCCCUGACAGACCAACCAAGUCAGAAGCUGAGGUGGUCCUACUCAUGGACUCCAAUGGGAAAUACUUGGACACCAAACGUCUCUUUCCUGGUCUCAGUACAUCAGCCAAACGCUGCCGAAACACAGGCCAGGCCAUGGAGCUGCUAAGCCAGGACACAUUAGGGAACCCCCAAUACAUCGUGGUGCAUACAGGCACCAAUGACCUUCACAGUCUACACCAGAGCACUGCUGAGGCUAUGACUAAGGUAGCUGAGAGGGCCUCCAGAGAGUUCCCGGACAGCAGGGUGAUUGUUUCCACUCUUCUCCCCAGAACGGACACCCCUCCACAUGUCAUCCACGAGAUCAACAUGGAGAUCUCAAGGAACUGUGCAUCCUUCCCAAACAUCCACCUGGCCCACCACACCAACAUCGGAACAUGGCACCUCUAUGAUGGGAUACACCUGAACAAGGCUGGGGUGAGAACAUUCGCCAAAACAUUGAAGGAUGUUACCCUUGAUCGCAACCCCAACAGCCUCGCCCACACAGCUUCUGCUCCCAGGGACUACAGACCACCGAGAUACCAACAGAGAUACCAACAGGAGAGUCGGAGGACCUCUGCCUCCCACCCCCCUGCAGGACCACGCCCCCCUGUAGCACCACGCCCCCCUGCAGUACCUCGCCACCAUCCCACACCCCACCCCCCUGCCCCAUCCAGAUACAGAGGACCUCUCCACCAUCGCCGACAGACCACAUAUGCGUCUGUGAUGAACAAUCCUGCUCCUCUGCUAUCAACUGCAUCAAUGACUGAACUGGGGGUGAUCAAAGAUAUGCUUCACACUCUGUGCAACAGACUACUGCAAACAUGAGGACAUUGAGAUAUGCUGUAUAGGUGACACCAUCGUUCAUUAAUGCAUAUAAAAUAUG